CAAUAUAUAUACUUGUAGUAACUGCUCGAUCAUCAAUUCGACUCGCUUAUAUAUACUUCGAGGAGCCAGCAGGGAGAGAGUCGUGAGUAUCCAUUUUCCGUAGUUGAAGCAGAUGGAGGAGAAGGCCGGGAUGGCCAAGCUUUGGGCGCCUUUUCUUGUGGUUUUGGUCCUCGCCGGGAGCGCGCAGGCGGCGGCCGACCGGAACAUGAGCCGUGGUGGUAUGAGGCGGCUUGCCGGGGCGCCGGGCGUACCAGUGCCUAUCACCGUCCUCACGUCCGCCGUCGCCAUGGGAGCCGUGUGCAUGGAUGGGUCGCCGCCGGCUUACCACAUGGAUGGGGGCUACGGUGCAGGGAAGAACCGUUGGAUCGUCCACCUAGAGGGAGGCUCAUGGUGCGAGAGCGUGGGGUCGUGCCUGUACCGCAAGGUGAGCCGCCUCGGCUCGUCAAAUCUCAUGAACAGGCAGAUGUACUUCGGCGGCAUCUUGAGCUCCAGCCCCGCCGAGAACCCUGAUUUCUUCAGCUGGAACCGGGUGAUGAUCCGCUACUGCGACGGCGCGUCUUUCGCCGGCGAAGGCUACGACGCGCGCUCGGGGCUCUUUUUCCGGGGCCAGCGCAUAUGGAACGCCGUCAUCCAGCACCUCCUCUCCAUGGGGAUGUCCUCGGCGGAUCACGUGCUGCUGACGGGAAGCUCCGCCGGGGCCCUGGCAGUGGUGCUGCACUGCGACCAGUUCGCCGGCUUCUUCGCCGGCCGGGGCACCACUGUCAAGUGUCUCGCCGACGCGGGAUUCUUCCUCGACGCCGUCAACGUCGCCGGGUGGCAUACCUUGAGAACCUACUUCGGAGGUGUCGUGGCCACGCAUGGGGUGGCUCAGAACCUGCCCAGGAGUUGCACCAGUCAUCUCGACGCCACCUCGUGCUUCUUCCCGCAGAAUGUAAUCGGCGGCAUAAAUACCCCGAUCUUCCUGCUGAAUGCAGCCUACGAUACCUGGCAGAUCCGGGAAAGCCUGGCCCCGGACGUAGCCGACCCCGGCGGCGCCUGGCGAGCCUGCAAGUCCAGUCGUUUUGCCUGCAACGCGUUCCAGAUGAACAUCUUGCAAGCUUUCAGGAACCAAAUGGUGGGCACUGUGCUAAGCGUCUCCCGUUCCAGGAGCAACGGGUUCUUCAUAAACUCGUGCUUCACUCACGGCCAGUCAGAGUAUGCAACUUGGAAUGCGUAUGGCUCUCCUAAUCUUCAGAACAAGGCGAUCUGGAAAUCUGUGGGUGACUGGUACUUUGGCCGGGCCGAAGUGAGGGCCAUCGACUGCGCCUACCCCUGCGACAACUCAUGCCAUCACGACAUGUGAGGACAACUGAUUUGAUGAAAAAAAAUGUGGAAAAUAUACAUUACAGCUAGCAGAGUGAUUACUUAAUAGUGAGCUUGUGUCUUGUAAUAUUACUUUGUUGUGUGUACUUUCUUAUGCCAAUUCGUUUCAGACGAGACAAAUAUGUAUAACAGUUAAAGCAGGUGAAAUAAUCACUGUACCAGCAUAUGUGCUGAAGCACAUCCUGCCAAAAACUUUUCAAGAUUAAGCAAUUACAACCAA